AAUUUUUUUCAACAUUAAGGUUAACCUACAUAAUUCAGUCACAAGUCCGAAACUGCUACGUCAUCUCCGGACAGGGGAAUUCCAUGACAGAACGACCACUGACAGCUGGCCUCAGAGAUAUUAAUGACAAAGAAGAGGACACUGACAGCAGAUGCAAAGAACACCUACAGAAGGGCUGCAGGGCCCUGAACACAGGAGACGUGGGCAUAGCAAAACAGCUGCAGGAGGGCUGCAGAACCCAAAAUACAAGGUAUGUAAACACGACAAAAAGGGGGCAGGAAUGCUGCAGCGCCCUGCAGACAGGGGAACUAGACAUGACAGAAUAGCUGCAGGAGGGCUGCAGAACCCUGCAGACAGGGGAUCUGGGAACGUCAGGACAGCUGCAGGAGGGCUGCAGGGCCCUGCAGUCAGGAGACCUAGACACGGCAGAUCAGCUAAAGGAAGGCUGCAGAGCCCUGCAGACAGGGAACCUGGACACAGCAGAACAUAUACAGGAAGGCUGCAUGGCUCAGCAGACAGGGGACAUAGACAUGGCAGAACGGCUGUAAGAAAACUGCAGGGCCCUUCACUCAGGAGAUCUCGACACGAUAGAAAGGCUCCAGGAAGGCAGCGGGGCCAUGCAGACAGGGGGCGUGGACACGGAAGAAGAGCUGCACUAGGACUGAAGGGCUCUGCAUACAGGGGACAUGAACGCAACAGAACCGCCACAAAAGGCCUGCGGGGCUGUGCAGAGAGCGGACCUGGACAUAGCAGAAAAGCUGCAGGAAGGCGUCAACGCCUUAAAGACAAGGAAAUUGGACACAACAAAGCAACAAAAGGAGGUUUCAAUGGUCUUGCAGACGGAGGACCUGGACACGGCAGAAAAGCUGCAGGAAGGCUGCAGACAGAAGACCUGGACACGGCAGAACAGCUGCAGGAGGGCUGCAGGGCCCUGCAGACAGAAGACCUGGACAAGACAGAACAGCUGCAGGAGAACUGCAGGACCCUGCAGACAGAAGACCUGGACAAGACAGAACAGCUGCAGGAGGGCUGCAGGACCCUGCAGACAGAAGACCUGGACACGGCAAAACAGCUGCAGGCGGGCGGCAGGACCCUGCAGACAGAAGACCUGGACACGGCAAAACAGCUGCAGGCGGGCGGCAGAGCCCUGCAGACAGGGGACCUGGACACGGCAGAACAGAGCUUUGCAGCUGCACUCAAGUCUGUUCAUGGGAAAGAGUCAAGCAAAGAGGUGGAGCCACUACUAAAAUUAAGUGAUGUCUACCUGAAGAGAGGAAUGCUGUCAAAAGAUGGUGAUGACUUCACCAAGGCAGCAGCGCUCUGUAACGCAGCACUGGUAAGAUCUAAAACAGACCAAGACCAAGGCAUAAAACAAACAAUCCAGUUCAUAACCCAAUUAUUCGUUAAGCACGUCCUGGGAAUCACACAUACGGUAGGCAUCGAUGACGUAGACAAACACAAAACGAUGUUGAAGGAAGACAGACAUCAAGUAGAAAAGGAAAUUUUAAAGAUUGAACAACAGGCCGACCCUUACAGCCUUGAUGAUGACGACCCAAAUAUCACAGAAGUGGAGAAAAGGAGAGUGGAAGCAUUCAAGGCAUUGUUUCAGACAAUACUGCAUCAGCGAAAAACGUUUAUAGUUGGCCUUAUAGAUGAAUGCAUGGAGGUAAUGGGUCCCCCUCCCUGUAAGUACGCCAUGAUAGGCUUGGGUUCACAAGCCACAGGUCUAGUAACACUGACUCUGACCUGGAGUUUGCCAUUUUGA